UUUUUAAAUAGUUUAUUUCCGUGCUAUAACAAAACGAAUGUCAACGUAUUGUGAUUUAUAAAAUAUAGUGUUUUAUGAAAUAAUUUUCUUCAUUGUGCGAAGUUAUUUUUUUUGAUUCCUCUUUCUUCAUUUAUUAAAAAACAGAUAACCAAAAAAUAUUUUAUGCUACUAAAUAUGGAUGAAAGUUUAAUCAAGGAAAUACACUAUUUAACGCGUUUAAUAGAAAAUCAUAAGAAAAAAUCAUCAGAUAAAUUAAAUGUGGAAAAAUCUGUUACAAAUCAGAAUUUAAGUUUUACAAAAUCUGAGAAAUAUAUAAAUUUAUUUCAUAAGUCUCAAUUACCUAAAACAUCUAAUAAUUCGUGCAAUGCAUUAACAAGUACUAAUGUAUAUAUUAAUCCAAAUUUUAAACCUCAAAGUUCUUCAAUUUAUAUUAAUCCAAAAUUACAUAUAAAAUCUUUGGUACAUGUUAAUCCAAAAAUGAUGAAGAGUGUUAUUAAUUCUAAUGAAAGUGUGCAAAAUAAUAUUGUAAAUAUAACAAGUACAAAUUCCAUACAAAAAUCAGUUCAUGUUAAUCCAAAAUUAAUGAAGAAAUUGUCUUCCUCUGUACAAUCUAAACCAAUAGAACAAAAACAAAUAAUGAUACAAAAUAUUACUUAUCCUGUUUGUUCAAGAUUAAAACUUGUUAAAAGUACAAAUUCUCCAAAGGUUAAUCAUAAUCAAAAAAAAUUAAAUAAUUCUAAUAUUGUAGUUUUAUCUCAAAGAAAACUUGUUCGUAUAAGGCGAGGAUCAAGAAAAUCUUUUAGUACUCCACAAAUUGAACUUUGUAAGAUUAAAAAAUCUUCAAAUUCAAUAAUAAAAAAUAUUAAACCUACAUCACAAAAAAUUAUGAAAACAAAAAUAAUAAAUACUUUACAACAGUCAAUUAAAAAAAAUACUAAUUUCAUAAAAUUACCAGUUAUGAAACCUAAAAUGAACAAAUACAGAAUAGAUCGAACUGUAUCAAAAAGAACAAGUACCAGAGAACAAGCAACUCUUAGUCCAAAAAAAAUUGUCAAUAAUAAAAUGGAACUAAUUACAAUUGGAGGAAUUGUUUAUAAAUCUUCUAAAAAUCACUUAGUACGUAACAGUUAUGGAGUAAAAACCACUAAUGGAAAAAAAUUAUGUAAAGUAAGAUCUAUAAAAGAAACAUCAGGAAAUUCAAGUACAAAAACAAUAAAUACAACGAAUGGAAUUAAAUUAUCUAAUUCAUCACAAAAAAUAAAUUAUAGGAAUACUAUAAGCAAUAAAGUUAAACAAAAAAGUAUACAAAUAUUACGCAAUAAAAUGCAAAAAAAUAAUCAACCAUGUUUAAUAUUUCAAAAAUUUGGAUAUUGUUCAAAUCAUGAGAAAGGAAUUUGUGUAAAACGUCAUGAUAAAAAACAAAUUUUUCUUUGUAAAAAAUUUCUUCAAGGAAAUUGUUUAUUGGAUAAAUGUCCAUUAUCUCAUGAUAUAGGUCCAGAAAAAAUGCCAACUUGCAAGUAUUUCUUGGAAGGUUGCUGUACACGGGAUGCUUGUCCUUAUCGUCACAUCAAAGUUUCUUCCAGUACUCCAAUUUGUAUAGAUUUCUUACAAGGAUAUUGUAUCAAAGGUAGCGAGUAUCUUCUUUUACAGUGUAAGCAACGUCAUGAAAAUUUAUGUCCUGAGUUCGAAAAAACAAAAAAAUGCAGUAAAGGUAAGCAUUGUCCUUAUCCACAUAAAUCACAAUCAUCUUCUAAGAAACAAAACCAGUUAAAAAGAAAGUACAAUAUACAUAAUAAUCAGGCAACAGCACCUAUUAUAAAAGAUACUUCAUCCUCUAAUAAUGAAAACCGACUUAGAUAUUAUGAACAAGCAGAUUCAUUAAAUAAAUCUCUUGAUAAGAAAAGAGAAAGUAUCAUGAAAAAAAUUAGACUUAUGAAAAAUAUAGAGCUUAUAUCUCAUUCUAAUACAUUAAUUGAAAUAUCUGAUAAUAACACAAAUUCAGAAACAAUAAUAGAUGAUGAAUCAGAAACAGUUUCUGAUUCAAAAGUACUGAAACGUCCUCCAAUUGGUGUUCUGCCUGCUUAUAUACCUAUUGACUAAUAUAAAUAGAUUAUCUAUAAAAUUCUUUC